UUUUAAGACCAAAAGAAGUAUGUACUGUGUUUUAGCGAAUAUGGGCGGGACAUGAAACAGUAGGGGUUGUCACAGCAUGAAUGUACAUCAUCGCUAGGUUGUAGUAGGCUUACAACUGAGCAUCAGGCAUUUAGCAAGCUGCUUGAACUGAUUAUUGUUCAUUAUUUCAAAUAAGAAAAAAAAAAAAGAGUACGAAAGAUCUUUUUUUUCUCUUUAAGAGACGAUACUGAUAUUUUUUCCAGAGGUUUAAGUCAUUGUAGAUAAAAAUGCUCCACUUCCUUGGCAACUGCUUUUUUUCGCGUGUAGCUUGUGAAGCUCCCAGUGUCAAUGCUAAGCGAUUUGCCGAACUCUUCGAAAAACUCGAUGUCAAUAAAGAUGGAAGGGUGGAUAUCACAGAGCUUAAGGAGGGUCUCAAGGCGAUGGGAAUGACUCUGGAGCAAGGUGCCGAACAGAAAAUAGUAAGCGCUGGGGAUGUUAACAAAGAUGGACAGCUGGAUUUCACUGAGUUUAUGCAGUAUCUUACAGAACACGAAAAGAAACUGAAGUUGGCAUUUACGAGCCUGGACAAAAAUAAAGAUGGUAAAAUUGAAAGGUCCAGGAUUGGUCUCCAGGCAUUGUCCUUUCUGGGAACUAGAAAGAGUCUUGAACCUGCAUCUUCAAUCCUUCAGUCUAUUGAUGCUGAUGGUACUUUAACAGUAGACUGGGAUGAAUGGCGAGAACAUUUCAUGUUCAAUCCAGCUACCAGCAUCCAGGAAAUAAUCCAGUACUGGAAACAUUCAACUGUUUUGGAUAUUGGAGACAGUUUAACAAUACCUGAUGAGUUUACAGAGGAGGAGAAAAAGUCAGGGCAGUGGUGGAGACAGCUGAUUGCUGGGGGCGUCGCUGGUGCAGUAUCUCGAACUGGUACAGCACCCUUGGAUCGACUCAAAGUUUUAAUGCAGGUAAGUAAUAAUUCCACUUGGUUGCAAGGAUACCUUGGGGAACCCUCCAGGCAUCUUAAACACCUGGCACUAGCGAUGGAAGGGCUGUCUGGUCAGACAGUACAGCCACCCAAAAAGAAGGCCGAAGUCUCCAGGCCUGAACUUGCUGCUGCACCUCCUCCACCUGACAUCCCUCCUGUGACCAAUGUUUGCCUGGACGAACGUUCAGAAUCUGCAAAAAUAGGUAUAGCGGAUACCCCUAUGGAGGUGCUAAAAACUAGGCUUACCCUACGCAAAACAGGACAGUAUUCUGGAAUGUUUGAUUGUGCUAAGAAAAUAAUGAAGAGAGAAGGAGUGAAGGCAUUUUACAAAGGCUAUAUUCCAAAUAUCCUGGGCAUACUUCCUUAUGCGGGAAUUGAUUUAGCCGUGUAUGAGACCCUGAAGAAUUUCUGGCUACAGAAUUAUGCCAAAGACACUGCAAAUCCAGGUAUAUUGGUGUUGCUAGCAUGUGGUACCAUGUCCAGUACAUGUGGCCAACUAGCUAGCUACCCCUUGGCUCUUAUUAGGACUCGCAUGCAGGCACAAGCGUCCAUGGAAGGAGCCCAACAGUUAAGCAUGGGAGGCCUGUUUAAACGGAUCCUUGAGAAGGAAGGACCCCUUGGACUUUACAGAGGAAUCGCACCUAACUUCAUGAAGGUCCUUCCUGCAGUCAGCAUUAGCUAUGUUGUCUAUGAGAAAAUGAGGACAGCAAUGGGCAUUGCACCCAAGUAAAAAAAACAGACUGGUGCAACAUACAAAGAAUGGAUUUUUCUAGAUGAUUACUGUCUGACAAUUAUCUCUUUGUGCAUAUCGGUAGCUGAAAGAUGAUCGUGACAAAGGUGCAGUGCCUUUCCCAGUACCAACUGCUGUUUUGCCACUGUUCUCUUUGUAGCAGCCAUCUCAGGACAGAGUCCAUUGAUUACUGCAUAAUCACAAAACUGCCCAUUGUCUAGAUUAUCAUUUUGUUCCCUAUUAAUUAUCAUUCGAACUUUGAAGAGUGGAUAGUCUUAGGUCUGAAAAGUCUGUCUUUGAAGAUGUUCACAUUUUUCACCUCUGUUUUUACACCCUCCUUAAUCUGAACAUGUAAAGUCUCUGCAUCUCCAUUUUUCCACGAGUUAUCUGUUACUGUCACCACCUCCUCUGUUGUCACAUUCUUAGAGCUGUUUGAAUUGGAGAGAUGGUCAGUUAUGAGUCUCAGCCAACCGACUACACAACAGCGGUUUGAAUGCACUGAACGUCAUGCAGCUAUACAGCCUUUUAACAUUUUCUGUUUCUACUUUCCAUUCAUGUAACACCCAGCCUGUCACCAGCUUGCCUUUUGCCAGCAUCCUGGCACAAGGUCUUCUGUCUCUUGAAUCACAGUUCUUACUUCAUCGUGCUGUUCUGCAGUAUGACUGCUCAGGCAUGUAUUGAUACUGAGGACCCCUUAAUUUGUCAUGGUCCAAAACAGUGCAUCAAAAUCUGAAUUUGGGAGAUGGCUUUCGGCAGCACUCUCCAUUUCUAAUCAUUAUUUUUUCUCAUGUUUACAAUUUUUCUCUUAUAGUCCACUUGGAGUCCUUUCUGUGCUAGAUAAUGAUCAGAUGACCAGUACAGCCCUAGUAUUCCAUAUUAGAAAACCAUACCAGUUUGUGAUGCUUUGAUUUUCAUACUUUGCAUGCAUAGCAGAACACACACAUUCCAGAAAAUUAGCAGCAGGGGUUGUUCAAGCAGUAUUCAUACCAAAGGUCCUAAUUUUCCAUUGAGAUGUGACUUUAAGGGAUGUGAAUUGUCAAGGCAGUCCACCCAGGCAGUUUUUCAGUUGUUUGUUAUAUUAUCAUUAGGUGAUACAUUUACAUAAUUUAGUUUGCCAUUGUCAUAAUUCUUUUGAGCCAAGAUGACUUUGAAUGUGUGUGUGGCUCUGCUGGUGUUAGCAUUGGAAAAAUGCAAACAUAUUGAAAUGUUUGUUUUUAAAGCUACAUAAGUAAAGCUGUGUGCUGGGGGUAUUUUUUAGCACUUCCACUGUCCAUACCUCUUAGAGCAAGAAUUCUGGACAAAGUCAAAAUAAUUGGGGGGGGGGGGGCGCAAAGCCCGAAAUCAGGGACAGUUUUAAAUAUUGCUGUUUCAAAAUUGGAAAAUUGCCAGAACAGCAGGUUUUGCAUUAACAUGGAUUUUCUAAAGGAUAUGAAGUUUGAACCUAAAAUAUUUGUCAUUAUUUAGUGACGCAAGUCCUCGGUGAUUUGCCAGAAGACCACAAGAUGUAGAGCACAAAUCUGGACAGUUGAGGGGUAUGCCUCCUCCUCCUUCCUUGAACAGCACUUGCAUAAGUUCUAAAGCAGUACUUCAUAAAUGUCUGUUUUCCUGGUCUUGCACAGAACGGAUGCAUUAACAGCCAUGAUUUUUAGUAGUGUGGACAUUCUAUAAGAUUAUUUUUCUGCUAGCACUUAGCAAAUGGAAAACAGUUCAUUAGACCCAGACAUUUAAAACAGUUGAGAUACAUUUGUCUUCCAUUAUGAAACAUGAUUCUUUAUACUUGUUUAAAUGGUGUGAGCUAUUUGCCUGAUUUUGUUAAUUGCGGGCCAUACACAUACUGUCACUAGUAAUGUCUUUCAGCUUUUCCUGGUUAGGGGUUGCCACAGAGGAGCUCCGGUCUGUUUAUGAUUGACAGAUUUUUACAGUGCCGAGGUGCCAGCCCCGACGUCCAACCUUCAACGAAGGCACACCCAUUCACGCACGCAUCUACCUGCAUGUCUUUAAACGUCACUUGACCGUGGGGAGGACAUGCAGACUCCACACAGAAGGCACUCCAGCCGAGAAUCAAACUGGACUGAUAAUGGUAAAUAUGACCAAAAGGGAGGUUGUAAUGUAUACCGGACUUUCAUAGCAGUUUGUAACAUUGAUUGUUGAAAGUGACCAGAUAUUUUUAUUUGUGUGUGUUCAUUACUGGAAUGUUGCAUCAUUGUGCUAUUAUACUAAACUGCUACCAGAUCUUUUUAACAUUUUUAAGUGCCUAUUUUGUCAGUAUUAACAUACAGUAGCAGAUGUCUUCCAAGCUGUUGUGUCAUGGGGUCUGCAUACAUAAAAAUGAGAGUAGAAUGCCUGAAUGGAUGCAGUUUGCAUGGACUUUAACCUGUUCGAAAUGGCAAUGUUAUUCCAAACUAGACAGAAGGAUAAACAAUGGCCUAAAAAAAAGUGGCACAGCUAUACACACACCAUUUUUUAUACUGGUACAUGUAGAUAACAUGCUUUUAAGCACCUUUUAUUUCUGGCUGUUCACAUCAUCUGUAAGAUAGUUCUUCAGUAUUGCCUCAAUUAAGGGAAAUAAUCCAACUAUUGCUGUUGAGGUUGUAAAGUGUUGUUGGCUACCUUUUGAUGGGUGUUUGCAUAGAUGUUGUAUAAUGAAUGGGGAACAUCGGGAUGUCUGUGCCUUAAUGUGCAUUUGUUGUACAAUAGUGACUCUUGUCAUUUUGAUGUUUUACUACACUGUGUGUGUGACGAUACAAUUCUUUUCUGACCUGGCGGUGAUUGCUGAUUGAAUAAUUAUGUAGUAAUAAAUUUUACCAUUGCACUGGGGGAAUGCUUUUCCUGUAUUAACUAUAUUGUAGUUACUUGUACACUGUAUUAAGUGACUGUUAGCAACCAUACAAAGAACACUCUUUCUUAUUUGGAUAAAAGCAUAAUUUAGUGUUUAGGUUAAUUAGCAAAUGUGCAUGUGUAGUAUGCUGCUUGCACUAAAAUUGGAACUGCAAUUGAACGAUGUUACAAAAUCUCAUUUUUGAGAUGGUAAAGCCUGCUAGGUCCCCUUGUAAAGGAGUCUGUGUGCUCCGUGUACCCCCUCCACAUCAGCUCUGAGGUUACAGCCUUGGAUGAAAAGGAGAUUUCCCAUAUGUUUGCAGCCAUCAUCAGUGAAAUUGUGACUUUUGACCAAGUGUUACUCAAGUGUCUGACUGUACAUAGUUUGUGGUAUAUCUAGAAGAGGGCAGAUUUCCUAUUAAACAUCAGGAUUGCUGUGUAUUGCUUUUAUGUCUGGAGCUAGAAGCUCCAUAAUUCAUACUUGUGAAGGUGUUAACUUUGUUUCUUGAAAUGCUUUAAUAACAUCAGUUGAAAAAGAAGCAAUUUGUGUCAGUGGUGUGAUGAUGAAGGUUGCAGUUCAUAGGAUUUAACCAGUGUAAUUUUUAUUGUGUUGUCUUGAAAUAUCAUUGUCAUCCUCUACUACCUUUUUCCCAUUUUAUCUACAUGGGUGGGGUAUUGUGCUAGUAACUGUCACCAUCUCUCUUGAUUUAAUACCACACUCUUGCCUUCUUCGAUUUAAAAUGUUAUUUGCUAUUGUCCCCAGUGUAUGUGCUUUGUGUGCUUGCACACAUUUAAUCACAGAUUGCUUGAUCAAAGACUUUCAGAUUGAUACUGAUUAGCCAGAUGGAACUUUAUCAGAUUUUUUUCCUUUUUUUUUCUUUUUUGGGGGGGGGGGGGGUCUACCUUUACUACUCAUGAAAGGAGAGACAUGGGACAUCUUGCAUACCUGUGUGAUAUGUUCUACAGUCCCCAAACCUCAAAAUAAAUUUGAUAAUUGUGUUGAUAAAGGUCAGUCUAGUUAUCUGUUUACUUUAGUGGCCCGCAAAAAAGAGAACUUGGUGUCUGUACUGUGUUUUCAUACACAUUCUGUAAUAAAACAUAUUUUUUGGGUUGUUGUCACAAUUUUUAUUUGUAUUGUAAUGUUUGCUCAUACCUGCUCAGUGCUGUGGAGAACUCUGCUUAUAUUUUGAGGGAAAAUUAUGCAGUCUUGGGUGUCCCACUUGUAGAUAAAAAGUUAAUUCAAAGCUUAGUGUAUCUAUAGUGAGAUGGUUGUACCUCUUGGAGAUGCCUGUAUGUAUAUAUAAUGUUGUAGAGGGUAUUAAGUAUUUGUGGUCACUUCCUAAAGCCAAAAAUGUGUUCAGUGUAUUUCCAUUCUCUGAAGUCAUUGAUUUAAAAUGUAUCUGUAUUUGAUAUUCUUUAUUUGUGCAUUAACUUGAACAGGUUAAAGGUAAGCCUGACUUCCAGCCUGCUGGUUCUGUUGCCAGACAGCUUAGGACUAUAUGGAAUAUAAUUUAUACAUGUCUAUAGAAUGUCUUAUUUGUUAUUAUACAAUAACUGGCCAUUAACAUUCAAAAAAUGUGCAUCCUGAUUGGUCAGCCCAACCGGCGUGCCUGUUGUAAAUCCAGCAUAUACCAAUAGGGAAAAAGUCCAGACUUACUUCUAUAUGUUACAGCUUUCCAGUUUUCUUGAGCUAAGAGGUCGAGAAGUAUGAAAUUUGAAAUUCAGACAGUUUAAAGGUACGAGAGAGACAGGGCAGAAA